UAAACAAAUGAAGGAGAUGAUAGAUUUAUCUUACGUUUGGUGGUCAUGAACUGGCUCCAGAGGAUUAUUACUGCAUGAAUCUCAUUAACAGUCCAUUUUUUAUAUUGUAAUCGGGAACCUUUAAAGAAACCCUGGAAGUUUACUAUCUGUGCUCUAUAUUUUUAGGUAUGGUCCAGUGCUGAUGGCUGACCCUGCACUAUUCGUGUCCACAGCGCCCCCUGCGGAAGGGAGGCCAUUAGAGCUGAGCGUACUGGGCCUCUGGGACUCACAUGGGGAUGACAACAGCACGGCUGAGAGAUGCUACCGCUCACACUCCAGCAGCAGUGUACUGCAGGGUCUGCCCUUUGGCGGGGUGCCCACUGUCUUGGCCAUCAAUGUGGUCAUGUGGAUGUUCCUUUUGCUCAUCUUCUCCUGUCUGAGGAAGGCAGCUUGGGAUUAUGGUCGUCUGGCUCUGUUGAUGGAGAAUGACAGCCUUUCGUCUCUGUUCUAUGGAGAACCAAGUGAGAAAGAGAAGUCUCCUUCGGAGUCCAGCCCUUCGGACUCAGAGACAAAGGACAUGGGUUUUUGCUCAUGGCUGAAAUCUCUUUUCCAUAUGAAAGACGAGGAGAUCCGUAGCAAGUGCGGCAUUGACUCCGUUACAUACCUGUCCUUUCAGCGCCAUAUCAUACUGCUCAUGACCGUGGUGUGCCUGCUGUCACUGGCCGUGAUCCUGCCUAUCAACUUUUCCGGGAAUCUCUUGGGUGACAGUCCUGAGAACUUUGGAAGAACAACACUGGCCAAUGUUAGCGCACAGAACAGCUUCCUGUGGCUGCACGCCAUAUUUGCAUUAGUCUACUUCCUCAUCACAUUCCUAUGUAUGGCUCACCACUCGAUACGGCUGCAGUACCGAGAAGAUGAGAAGGUAGCAAGAACACUGAUGAUCACGUCCAUACCUCGAGAAAUCUCAGACCCAGGAUUGAUUACAAAACACUUGCAUGAGGCCUAUCCCAGCUGCACUGUCACUGAUAUCCGCUUCUGCUUCGAUGUCAACAAACUGAUAAGACUGGACUUAGAGAGGCGCAAGGCCAUGAAAGGCCGGCUGUAUUUUGCCACAAAAUCCCAAAAGGAUGGAAAGAUUAUGAUCAAGACUCACCCUUGUACACAGAUAUUCUACUGUGACAUGUGUGGAUUUGAAAAGGUGGAUGCAGAACAAUACUACAGUGAGUUAGAGGAGAAGUGGACGGAUGAGUUUAAUGCUGAGAAGAAUCGCAUCUCCAUGAAGAGGCUGGGCAUCGCCUUUGUGACCUUCCGCGAUGAGAGGAUGACUGCUGUAAGUUCUUGUUGUGUGUCAAGAAUUGUGAAGGACUACGGUCGAGUGCGCUGUCGCCGCCAACCCCAGCAGUCCAGCAUCACCACUGUUGUCCAGUCUCACCAGUGGGGCAUCAGCUACGCACCUGCUCCCAGUGACAUCAUCUGGGAAAACCUGUCAGUCUGUGGAUCUCGCUGGUGGCUUCGCUGCAUCCUCCUCAACAUCCUCCUCUUUCUGCUGCUCUUCUUUCUUACCACUCCCGCCAUAAUCGUCAACACCAUGGAUAAGUUCAACGUCACCAGGCCUGUGGAAAGUCUGCAGAGUCCUGUCAUCACUCAAUUCUUCCCAACCCUCCUGCUUUGGAUGUUUUCAGUACUGCUGCCAUUUGUUGUCUACUACUCAGCCGUGUUCGAGUCCCACUGGACCAGAUCCGGUGAGAACCAGGUCACAAUGCACAAGUGCUUUUUUCUUCUGGUGUUUAUGGUCCUUAUCCUGCCCUCACUUGGUCUGUCCAGUCUUGACGUGUUCUUCACAUGGCUUUUUGAUGUCAACUUUCUGGAUGAAAAGGAUGUCAAAUUCCAGUGUGUGUUUCUCCCUGACAACGGCGCGUUCUUUGUGAAUUACGUGAUCACGUCCGGGCUGAUUGGCACCGCCAUGGAGCUACUUCGUAUCCCGGCGCUGACGGUGUAUGGCCUUCGCCUUUGCUUUGCCAAGUCCCAGGCUGAGCGCAUUCAUGUCAAGCGGAGCCAGACAUAUGAGUUCCAGUUCGGCCUGGAGUACGCUUGGACCAUGUGUAUCUUUGCUGUCAGCGUGACCUAUAGCAUCACAUGCCCCAUUAUUACACCCUUUGGUUUGCUCUAUGUAAUCCUCAAGCACAUGGUGGACCGUUACAACAUCUACUAUGCAAACGUUCCCACCAAGCUCAAUCAGCGCAUCCACAGAGCCGCCAUCCAUCAGGUCAUCUUGGCUCCCAUCCUCUGUAUCUUCUGGCUGCUUUUCUUCUCCGUUCUCAGAUUAGGUUCAGUACAUCCCAUUACUCUGUUUACUUUGGUGUCCCUGCUUUCCUCUGUUGCCAUUUCCUUUUUCCGCCUGUGCCUUAAGAAGCAACCGGACAAGUCAACAAGCUACCAGAUGUCCACUCAGCCAACAGAGCGAACAUUCACUGAUGCAGACAGGAGUACAGUUACUUCAACCACAGCUUCAAGUAUGUUUGUGGCAUCUGUCCUGCUGGAGCCAGAGCUCGCGCUGACCCCCAUGCCCUCUCCGGCCCACCACAGCUAUGGCGCCAUGGCCAGCUCCCAGAGUUCAAGCCACGGCCCUGUAGAAGAAGAAGAAGAUGAGGCGGGAGAGGAAGACCACAUUCAGACCAAUGAGACUCAGCUCCAAGACCCCACUGACACUAACGACUCCAGCCUGCUCAUGGACAGCCCAGUGGGCCACCAGUAGCAUCCAUGUCCCCAGAAAGCUGAUUUCCAUGUAUACGUCACCUGAGGUUGUGCCGCUUUUCUCCAUUGGACUUAAGACUCCUAUUUAGCUGCCUCAGGUCAAGAGUGGAAACCUCACCUAUUCAAAUGGAGAUGGAUGUGACGAGAAUACAAGACCAGGAUCCAUGUCAUUACAUUCAGAAUAUGUCUUACACAAACGCCAGUCACUGUACAUCCAUGGAAAUGAUCAACAAACAAAUUCAUGGACUCCAUCUUCCGCUGUGGCUUUUAUCUUCAAAAUGAUUAAUGGGAAACUGUAUAAUAAAUAGAGAUGCUCGGAGGUGAAAAGAUCCCACCAGAGUAGGCGGUGUGAGCAGGCUUGCCCCGCCAGACUGACAUAGCUGUCCGGGUGAUAUCUGGUUGGUGGUGGCCAGAGCUCGGCGAGGCUGAGGGGGAGGGCAGCGAGUUGCGAAGCCAUCUGCAGUGAGAGAGCUGACAGACGGAGGGUGAAAUGUAACGCAGAUAUGUACUGUAAGAUGUGGACACACUCCUUAGGCACAUGCAGCGCCUCUCUACCUGAAGCCUGUCUGACUUAUUUCAUCAUUUAUUUUUGGCAAACGUACAGUAUGUGUGCUGUUGGUAACAUUAUGUUUUGAGUUGCAGUUCUUCACCAUUUGAAUGUGUAUUUGAACUAUAUUUUAUCAUUUCGGACUAUAAGUCGCAGUUUUUUUCAUAGUUUGGCAGGGGGUGCGACUUAUACUCAGGAGCGACUUAUGUGUGAAAUUAUUAACACAUUACCGUAAAAUAUCAAAUAAUAUUAUUUAGCUCAUUCACGUAAGAGACUAGACGUAUAAGAUUUCAUCGGAAUUAGCGAUUAGGAGUGACAGAUUGUUUGGUAUACAUUUAGCAUGUUCUUUAUGUUAUAGUUAUUUGAAUGACUCUUACCAUAAUAUUUUACGUUAACAUACCAGGCACGUUCUCAGUUGGUUAUUUAUGCCUCAUAUAACGUACACUUAUUCAGCCUGUUGUUCACUAUUCUUUAUUUAUUUUAAGUUGCCUUUCAAAUGUCUAUUCUUGGUGUUGGGUUUUAUCAAAUAAAUUUCCCCCAAAAAUGUGACUUAUACUCCAGUGCAACUUAAACAUGUUUUUUUCCUUCUUUAUUAUGCAUUCUCGGCAGGUGCGACUUAUACUCCGAUGCGACUUAUACUCCGAAAAAUACGGUACAUAUUCUGGUGUUUAUGUGAAAUGAAGUAGACACACCGCUGUUUCACUACUUAAUCCAUUAUGAUGUGCAAACAACAGGUCCCUUUUGUGUGUUAUCACUUUUUUACACAACAUGCCUGCUUCUUUAAUGUUGACAAACAUGUGUUAUUUUACUGUGUCCCAAAUCAAAUCCUUUGGAGGUUGCACAACUGACCUACAAAUGUGGCCUUCUUUCCAUGCCUUUUGCAAAAUACUACAACCCUUUACUGCCCCCUGUAACCCAGUCCAUAAAAAAUCUCACAAAGGGGAGUACACUCCUCACACCUCUUCACCCCAAGAGGCAUGAAAAUGUGGUAUACUUUAGAGUAGUCAGUGUAUGCAUAGCAGUAUAAAUACUGCCAGCUUUUGAGACAAUAAUGGUUUUGUUUAGUGUUAUUUUAAGAGGACAUGGAUUCUGUGCAACACUUGGCCUGAUCUACUAAAGUUUUGUGUGCACUAAAACGUGUGCAAACUUGAAAGUGCACACACAAAACUGAUCCACCAAGCUUGUGCGGAGUGGAUUGUGUCUCUUAAGUGAGCAGAAUAAGGACAGCAACCCAUUUAGCAUCUGUCUUCAUGAAUGUCCAGACUAAAUGCUGAUUAUCAAAAUGCCCACAAUACUGGGAGUAGCAGAUGCAAAUAUAUUAUACAGCAUGCGCAAUGUGAUUUAUCAACACUAUUCACUAUUUUGCGAGCACUAUUUUGCGUUUUAUUUAGCAAAAACUGUGUGCUAACUGACAAUUACGCACACGUCUUUAAGAAAGGAAGUGCGUGUACUGCAAAGAAAGACGAUGGACAGAGAAUCCUCAAUCCUACGUGUGUGCAACAUAUUUGAACUGUCAGAAAUAAGAAUAUUAGACAUACUGUCUAUUCAGCAACAUUAUUUUAUAAUUUUAUAGCUGCAUGCUAGAUGACUCAACGGACGGAUUUAAAACAUUCAAUUGUCUUAGUGUCUGUUGGCGUUUUAUUUUGAAUGCCAUUCGCUUUUUUCUCGUAAUAUAUAUUGACAUUUUUCCUAUAUGAAAAAAGAUUCUUUGAAGUAUUAAUUGUUUUUGCAUCGUGCGUAGUAAGUGCAGCAUGAACGCACCUUCAGCGAUUAAAAAAAAAAAAGGGUUUCAAUAUAGAUGCACUGCAGGACUGCUUCUAAAAUGCCCAUAAAACGGCACACGUCUCCUGCUUGUUUGAAAACAGUAAAAAAAAAGGUAGAAGCUUGAUAACAUGAAUGUGCAGUAAAUGAUCGAAUGUCUCCGAGGUUAAAUCUGCGUAGACACGCAAAAACUUCAUUUAAAUAAGGCGGUUUGCACGAGUAACUGUAUGAAUAGCACAUGUAAUGUUCAUAGAACGCGCGCAACUCGCCUACAAGCACGUUAAUUAGCACGUGGUAUUUAAGUCCUACUAGAUCAGGCCCACUGACUACUCUCAAAUAUAUCUGAGUCCCUUCGAAAAGAUAUAUGAUAAUUAAAAAAGUUUACAGAAAUAUGUAACACUGUAAGUAUAGGCCAUGGCAGCACAAAUGUAAUCAAAUGCCACCUUAAAACUUUAAACUCCUGUUUAUGCUAAUGAAAAUACAGCUUCAACCCAUUUAGUCAUAAUUUUUUGCACUGAAGAAACUUCUCAAUGACUUUAGCUCCAGGCUUUUUCUGUUUGUUUGUGAUUGUCAUUACUCUCACAAUUGGUGCAAAUGUACAUUGCAAAUAAGUACUCCUGCGGCCUUGAGGCACCACAGCUGACAAAUAGAUAUUUUUUGGCAGCCUUGUCGGGGGCUCUCCCGGCCCAACAAUAUCAGAGUAGAGUAUAAAGAGAGCGCUUAACAACAGGCGCCAUCUUUGCUAACAAGGAAGUGUGCGGCUGUGCCCGGGUGCAUGCAAUUGCUGUCAUUUUGACAUUAGUUUUUCUGACAAAAUAAACCAAAAUAAUAUGUCUAUAUAUAGUUCUAAACAUACUCCAGUUCAUAAACUUUCAAUAAAACAUGCUUUAAUUUUGUGAAAGUAUAAUUUUGCAGCCGUAUUAGACACGCUACAUUCCAGGCACUCUAACGCACACUCAACGGCGCAAUAAUGGUAAAUAAGAAUACACAGGAUGACCAAAAAAAUUACUUAUGACCCUCAUUUUUCCAAAAUCUUCAUUAGCUUUGGACCAACAAUCACAGAGAAAUGAUUACUUGUGUGUGAAGUAUGUCAACUGUAUAUAUCACUCAUUAUGUAUUAUUAUAACUGAUCUUUCUUUUUUGUAACAUAGUAAGUCAAUAAGUGUACCUUUGUAGUUAUUUCCCCAUAUUUCUGCACAAUAACACAUAUAUGGUAACACUGGCGAGCAGUCGAGAAUAUGGAGUGAUUUUUGGCCCAGAUCAUAUUUUGCUUUAUUCAUUAUUGUCGUAAUUCUUGCCACUUUAUGUUGUAUAUUUUUUUAAUGAGAUUUCCAGUUCAAUUUCCCAUCUAUUAUUGCACCCAAAAUGUGGUUUAUUUUACUCUUUAAAUGUCUAUUUGUAUUUGUGUUAGACUUUCUCUUCUGCUGUCACCGACAUGCAUUUUUUUAGUUUUACUGAGAUUCAAAGAUAGUUUGUUUUUGUCAAACCAGCUCUUAAAUAUAUUAAUUUCUUCUGUUAUUAUUUGUGUUAGCUUCUGUGUGUUCUCUCUCUCUCACAAAACGCAGUCGUUGCGUCGUGUGUUCACCUGGCACAAGACGCUGUAACUGGUGGCUCUCCAGUGUUGUUGGCGAAACUUCACUUCCCAUACUUUGUCUUUUUCCUGAUUGUGGGGAAAUCGAUGUAAAAGCUUUACACAAUUCAAAACAGCCCCAUGCUGCAUAACAGGGCAUUUAUGCACUUCAAAAAACUUACGAGGUAGUGCCACAAACACAGAGCAUCAGCUCAAAGUUGGUAGUAGACAUGGCGUCCUGUAGUCAUGUGAGUGCCUUUUGACCAAUCAGUGAGGAGAUCGCCAAAAACCGAGUUGGCCAUACUCUCUUUAUACACGACUCUGAACAAUACUUGCUACAACCACCAAGAUCUGCACCCGCUGCGGCUAUGGUAAAGAAACAGCCCCUGAAUUAAGACACAGUAAUUGUUUGUCAAAGGCUUAAUGAAACACACUUGCCAACUUUUCACCUUUUUAAUUUGUUUUGCUUUUUUGGCCUUUUUUACCAGGUCACUCUUUGUAUAAACAGCAUCGCAGUGUGGAGGCCAAAGUCAAACUGCCAUAUUCUGGCUUCAGAGGUCUUAUUGUUUCACCAGCAGAGGCAUAGGUGCCGAUCCCGUGGGUGCUUUGGGGCCCGAGCACUCACGUGGGAUUGAUGGCAAAUUCUUUCUCGCCACCAAGCAAAAAACGCGUGUGUAGUAGCGUCAGAUUUACCGCCCGUCCGAGCACCCACUGGCAGAAAUGUAGAUCGGCGCCUAUGAGCAGAGGUAGUUGCGACCCGUGUGAAAGCGUAUUUUGCAAUGACAGGACUGGAGUGUAAAACUCAUGACACUUCUCUUGCUCCUGUUAAAGGCCUACUGAAAUGCAAUUUUCUUAUUUAAACGGGGAUAGCAGGUCCAUUCUAUGUGUCAUACUUCAUCAUUUCGCGAUAUUGCCAUAUUUUUGCUGAAAGGAUUUAGUAGAGAA